AUGGUGCAGCAGGAGAUGGUGCAGGUCACAGCAUUGGGGGAACAGCGAACGUUGGGGGUCACUCCGGUGGAAGGAGCAGACUUGUCGGCAUCCGAUGUGAGAAUGGAAAUUCAGUUGAUGAGGGAGCAAAUUGAGCUCUUGAGGGAACAACAGAGGUCGACGUGGGCCCUGGGACUGUCAGACAACCCUCCGCCGGGGUACACACCUAUGGACACGAGGGUACUACGAGCCUCCAGGGAAAUACAGGAGGGGUGUGCAUCCUCAUAG